AUGUCGAUUCAUGGGAAAUACAAUAAAAAAUCUGUAUUAUUGAUUUUAUUUGAUUUUCACGUGAAAAAGGUGGAUUAUUAUGGUUAUUAUUUCAUUGCAUUUCUGUGGCUACUAUCAUCAACAUCGCUCACGAUUAGUAAAGAGUUAAUUUUUAAUGAAGGAAAUAAUUACUAUCUAUCACGAUAUAAAAAUACUGGAAAUUAUUUAAGAGGACCAGAAAAUCAGACUGUAUUAUUUAAUACUAAUACUAUAAUGCAUUGUAGAUUUUAUGACAGAGAUUAUAAUAUGACGAAAUUGCGAAUGUUUUAUCAGGAAUAUUUAAAUGUCCAAUGGAUUAUUGACGGGUUCGGUGUAAAUAAUGAAAGUUUAAAAGCUGUACGCGGUGAACGAUAUUCAAUGCCUGGACCUAUUGAAGAAGGUAAGAUUUGA